UGAUAGUAAUAGUGCAAAUACCGAUUAUGAACCUUCUGUUAACUACGAAUCUGAUGAUAAUUAUGGAUCUGUCGAUAAUUAUGAAUCUGUCAAUAAUUAUGAAUCUAGCUUUAAGAAGUCAGAGGAAGAAAUCCUAGUCAUCGAUCUAACAAACCAAAUUCAUAUUCACCUUUUGAUGAUUAUGAGGUUAUUGCUACUCAAUCAGUAA